AUGAGAGAGAAUGAGAGCGAGUAUGAGAGCGAGUACGAGAGCGAGUACGAGAGCGAGUACAAGAGCGAGUAUGAGAGAGAAAAUGAGAGUAUGAGAGCGUCUGAGAGAGAGUACGAGAGAGUACGAGAGCGAGUACAAGAGCGAAGUGAGAGCGAGUAUGAGAGUGAGUAUGAGAGAGAGUACGAGAGAGAGUAUGAGAGUGAGUAUGAGAGAGAGUAUAAGAGUGAGUAUGAGAGAGAGUACGAGAGCGAGUACGAGAGAGAGUACGAGAGCGAGUACGAGAGAGAGUACGAGAGCGAGUACGAGAGAGAGUACGAGAGCGAGUACGAGAGCGAGUACGAGAGCGAGUACGAGAGCGAGUAUGAGAGAGAGUACGAGAGCGAGUAUGAGAGAGAGUACGAGAGCGAGUAUGAGAGAGUGUACGAGAGAGAGUAUGAGAGAGUGUACGAGAGAGAGUACGAGAGAGAGUACGAGAGAGUAUGA